UUCUUCUUCGGUGGGAUGGAAUCUGAAUCCGGGCAUGACCAUGUCAUGAUCGUGAUCAUCAGCUUCAUCAUCAUUUUGGACAUUACUCUCGUGGCCGCCUCUAUGAUCAUCUUCUUCUAUACCUUUUUCGUUAUUGUUGACUUGGUUACUCAUGGGGAUGAUGCUUGUUGUGGAGGAUACAAUUGCCAUAUAUAAAAAGAGACUAUAUAUGUAUAUGUAUAUGCAUGUGGAUUAAGAUGAUAUGAUGAAAAGAGAUUAAGGGUUUGUUUGGUUUUUAUACUGACAAGAGAAGGAAAAGUAAGAGAUGAAAUUGAGUGGUGUUGGGUAGAGAUAAGAGGAGGAGGAGAAGAAGAAAGGAAGACUGUAUAGAGAUGAAACGUCGUCGUGUUUGGGAGUUGAGACCAAACUAGAAUAAGACAAAGAGAGAGAAGAAGAGAGUUAAGGAGAAGACAAAGACUUGUCAAAUUGAGGACAGGGUGUCCACGGUUUUGUUU